AUGUCUGACACUCAAAUACUCAUGCGCGAGCAGCGUGACAUGCUCAAACAGUUUCUGCCUGGGUUUAAGCUGGUUCGCUCUGGGUCUGUGGAAGAGCAGGAUAUGUUUUGGGAGAAUGUUUUCACUCAAUGGUUCAUGGCUUGCCCCGAACGUGCAGUAUACUACCCUGGGGUACCGCAGGAGCAGGAGCUGUCCGACUUACAACAGGUGUCACUCAAAUUUGUGAUUCAACGUCGUCAACGAAUGCCUCAGAAAUGGACAACCGACGAACAAGAGGAAUUGCUCACCUCCUUGUAUGCAGAAUUUCGCGAGCGCGCUGCAGAAAAGAGAUAUGAGGAGUUCUGGAAAAAAAUUAAUAAAAUGUGGUUCGAGAGAUGGCCAGAGCGAAAAGUUCUAUUUGGCGACUUACCAGUAGACUAUGUCCUUACGCCAGACCAAGUGAAAGAAUUGGCAGCUGCUGUGGAAAGUCGCGAACAGCAACUUGCCACAUGGUUCUGGUGGCGAAAAAAUCCUUCACAUCUGGGCCGUACGAGUGGCGUCAAAGGAGUAUUGAAGUUCGACACCGUGUUAGCUGGUGGUAUAGAACUUAAGGGGACUUGUGCACCACACAAAAUGGAUGUCUACUCACACGAAUACUAUGAGGAGAAAGUCAAGGACACUGCGGACACCGAAAUCAGAGUCCAGAAUGUUACUAACCGUGGACCAAAGCUAAAUAAACGCCGUGUGUACUCUGAAGAAAGUGAAGAAGUCAAGAAUAAGAUCGAAAGGAAGUACAAAAAGGCAAAGGCAAAGGCAAAGGCAAAGGCAAAGGCAAAGGCAAAGCAUGCAAAAGCACGCUUACGCCAGAAGUCUGGCAAGCUGCCAAAAAUUGACGACAAGAUGAAGAUUAAAGCUAUCCGUGAGCUUUGUCCGAUGCUUGAUCGGAUCCUCAAGUACCUUGCAUAUGCCACGGGUGGGUGGAAGUUCUUGAUCCUGAUGGGAGGAAACGAUCCUAGUACAGGAGAGGUGUCUGUGUACAACUAUCAUGUUGGUGAGCUCAAGAGUGGGGCGCAGUUUGAUCAGACAUAUGCCAAUUUUGAUGCAGUGCAGGCUGCAUUCCUGACAUUUGUCAAAGACGCUCUCAUGUUUGAGUCCACAGUGCCCCAAGGCUUAGAUGCUGAGGAAGGGGAUGAUUCAUCAUUAAGCUCAGAUGAUGACUCCGAUGAGGAUUGA